GAAAGGUUCACCCCUCAGUGUUGUGGGGUGAGAAGCUACCAAAAACUACAAAUGGGAAGACAUUCCUGCUGUUACAAGCAGAAACUUAGGAAGGGUCUGUGGUCACCAGAGGAGGAUGAAAAACUUCUGAGGCAUAUUACUAAGUACGGUCAUGGUUGUUGGAGCUCGGUUCCUAAGCAAGCAGGUUUGCAUAGGUGCGGCAAGAGCUGCAGGCUUCGCUGGAUCAAUUAUCUGAGGCCUGAUUUGAAGAGAGGUACAUUUUCACAAGAGGAGGAAAACCUUAUCAUUGAACUUCAUGCAGUGUUAGGGAACAGAUGGUCUCAAAUUGCAGCACAAUUGCCUGGGAGGACUGACAAUGAAAUAAAGAAUCUGUGGAAUUCUUGCCUAAAGAAGAAACUGAAGCAAAGAGGUAUAAACCCUGUGACACAUAAGCCACUGUCAGAGGUUGAGAAUGGUGAGGAGGACAAAACAAGGAGCCAAGAAUUUUCCAAUGAAUUGAACCUCUUGAAUUCUGAGAGCUUCAAGUCAGAUGAAGGGUCCUAUGAGCAGAGAGCAUCUUCGAUUGCCCCCAAAGCCUAUGAGAUGGAAGGUUCCUGCAGCUCUAAGAUUAAGACCAAAAACGACACCAACUUGAUAACCAAUUGUUCCAACAAAGACUUGUUCCUAGACAGCUACACCACUACUUGCCAACCCUCAGAUUUGAUGGGAAAUUACCCUCUUCAGAUGACUGAUACUCUCCCAACCAAUUCAGACUUCCCAACCAAUUCAGACUCCAGCCAUUGGUUCAGUCCAACUGCAAGACCCAUUGAUAUAAACUCUGAGUUUACUUCCGAUGUUAUGUCCAUUCUUCCACCUACAACAGCCUCAUUUCUCCCUAGCACUUCUUUUUGCUACAAGCCAUCACUUGCCGUCCCUCCAGAAGAUAUUUCAGCACCUUCUUUUGCUCUGAAUGGACCCAAUUACAGGGAACCCAGUGCCUCCAACAACAGCAAUGGCAGCAACACAAGUGAUGGCAGCAGAGAGUUCACAAGUAGCAAGAACAGUGUUCUUUCUUCGUGGGGACUGACAGAAGAAGCCAAGUGGUCUGAGUACCUCCACAACCCAAUGUUGAUGCUGGCAGCUCCUGAAUCAUUGUGCAACCAAACUAGGCCAGCCACACAUUUGGUACCUGAUAACACUUUAGGGUCCAUAAUUUCUGGUUCCAAGGAGCAACACCAGUCACAAACUUCUACCAUCUUUUCCAAGGACAUCCAAAAGCUAACAGCAGCCUUUGGACAUAUAUAAUAGCAUCAGGAUUUGAUAUAAUGAAAAAUUUUAGAAGGGGUUCCAAGGGAUUUAUUUAUGUUCUCAGUACAGGUGUGUGAAACAACAGAUUAAUUUUGCUCAUGUAUAUAAGCCAGGUCCGUCACAAAAACAUUUCAUUUUGGUAAUUUUUAUUGUGAGCCAACUCAUCUGUCUUUUUACCUUCUCCUGUUUGGGUGGAAUAUAAUUGCAGAAUAAUAAGGAUUGCUCUGCUUUGUUC